GUCCCAGACCCAUCACUCUCUCUUCCUUCCUUCCUUCAUUCCCCGCUUCAAAUGCAAAUGCAAGAUCUCUUCGGAUCAGUUCGUCGAUCGCUGGUGUUUCGUACGACCUCAGAAACCAAUAAUCCCGACCUUAACACUCCUCCAACCCUAGUGAACAAGAUCAAUUCCUGCAUUCGCAAAUCCACUUUCUUCUCCAAAUCCAUUUCCUCUCUAUCUCCUUCUUCUCCUCCUUUGAAAAUGUCCCCUCCCAUCCGAUGGCGCAAAGGCGAGUUGAUUGGUUGUGGUGCUUUCGGCAGAGUCUACAUGGGCAUGAAUCUUGAUUCUGGAGAGCUUUUGGCUGUCAAACAGGUUUUAAUAGCGGAGAACAGUGCUUCAAAGGAAAAAACACAGGCUCAUAUCAAGGAACUUGAGGAAGAAGUCAAGCUUCUCAAAGAUCUUUCUCAUCCGAACAUUGUCAGAUAUUUGGGUACGGCGAGGGAGGAGGAAUCAUUAAAUAUUUUGUUGGAAUUUGUUCCGGGUGGAUCAAUAUCAUCACUUUUGGGGAAGUUUGGCUCCUUUCCAGAGGCUGUUAUAAGAACAUACACGAAGCAAUUGUUGCUGGGGUUGGAGUAUUUACACAAGAAUGGAAUUAUGCAUAGGGACAUUAAGGGGGCAAAUAUCCUUGUAGAUAAUAAGGGAUGCAUUAAACUUGCAGAUUUUGGUGCAUCCAAACAGGUGGUGGAGCUGGCAACUGUAUCAGGGGCCAAGUCUAUGAAGGGGACUCCUUAUUGGAUGGCUCCAGAAGUCAUUCUGCAGACUGGACAUGCCUGUUCUGCUGAUAUAUGGAGUGUUGGGUGUACGGUAAUUGAAAUGGCCACUGGAAAGCCUCCUUGGAGCCAGCAGUACCAAGAGGUUGCUGCUCUCUUCUAUAUAGGGACAACAAAGUCUCAUCCACCAAUUCCAGAGCACCUUUCUGUUGAGGCAAAAGAUUUUUUGCUGAAAUGUUUACAAAAGGAACCAAAUACGAGACCAACAGCAUCUGAAUUGCUCAAGCAUCCAUUUGUCACUGGGGAAUGUGGAGAAUCUCAUCCUCUUUUACAUGCUUCAGUCAUGGAAAAUUCUGAAAUUGCUUCUCCAUCACAUGCCACAAAUCUGGAAAACUUUCAAACAAUGACAUCCCCUGGCUCAUUAGACUUAUGUAAUUUGGGCAGUCUGAGCUGCUCAACUGUAAUUGUGGAGAAACCUGCUGGAGUUAAGCAUGUAAGGAUGACGAGCAAUGGUGAUGAUGAUAUGUGUCAACUAGAUAAAGAUGAUUUUAUGCCUGGUGAUGAAAAGGUUAGUUCUGUCUUGUCACCUGAUGACUUUAAUAAGAGUUUUAAUCCCAUGAGUGAGCCCUCUGAUGAUUGGAGGAGCAAAUAUGGUGGAAGUCCUGAACCAGGAAAAAGAGGACUGAAACCAAACAAUGAUCAAUCAGUUCAUAUGCCUGCUGGCCACUUAAGUGCUCUUGGUGAGGGGGUCAAUGACUUAUCAUUUCCUUGUGGGCCUUCGUUUUCUGAGGAUGAUGAUGAACUUACAGAAUCAAAAAUCAAAGCCUUUCUGGGUGCGAAGGCUUUGGAACUAAAGAAACUGCAAACUCCUUUAUACGAAGAGUUCUACAACAGUUUGAAUGCAUGUUGCUCUCCAAGUUUUGUUGAGAGGAUGAGUGAUGAAACCUCUCCAAAUUACUUGAAAUUACCUCCUAAAAGCAGGUCUCCAAGUCGGGUACCUCUUGGGAGCCCAUCUAUAGCAGUUGAUGCUGUUAACACUGGAAGCCCAGGGAGUAAUGGCAAGCGUGUACCGAAUGUUGCAAAUACAAGCGAUCAAGCUUCACAAGAGAAUUCUUCCCCUCAGUGUAAUGAUAGGAAAGGACUUAUGGUUGACGGUCAGCCAGAGUCAUGCAGCCCAAGUAUGAUCUUUUCUGAGAUACAAAGGAAGUGGAAAGAAGAGCUUGACCAAGAGCUUGAGAGGACGCGAGAGAAGAUGCGGCAAGCGGGCAUGGGAGGAAAAACAUCUUCCCCAAAGGAUCGAGUUCUGAAUCGGCAGAGAGAUCGGACAAGGUUUGCAUCUCCUGGAAAAUGAGGGCAUAUCAGAAUGUUUCAAUGCCGACCCUCACAGGGGAAUUUGAAUAUUCCUGUCAUGAGUUCAUCUUAAGAUAUGCAGUUUUGCUCAGAGUGGUGAAAUAAUACUACAGUGAUUGGUUUGCCAGCUUCGCUUGAAAACGGAAAAUCUGAGGCAUUUUAUUCAAUUCCUCAUUGUUCAGCCUAAAGUUGUAUGUUAUCGUUGCAAUAUAAAUCUCCAUAAAGGGGGAGAGAAGAAGAAAGUAAUGUUUGAAGAUUUUUUUUUUUUCGUUGGGUUUUCAUUUUUGGGUGUUUUUAGGAGAUGGGGUAGGUACUUUCUUAAGUUUGUAUCUAGUGCACAGUCACAGAACAAAAAUUGUAUUAUUAGUGUAGAAUAAUGAAUUGAUAUGGCUCAUGAAAGCCAAUGAAAUCUU